AUGGCUGCUCAGACGUUCAUUGCCAUCUCUGAGCUGCAUCCCAACCUCUCUCAUCCGAAAGUGGCAGGCAUCGUCAUUGGGAAAUCUGAUGUCAAAAGCUUCCCUGACAGAAAAAAUAUCGGUGUGGAAAGAUUCACGUUUGGUUUCACUAUCAAGGACUCGCCUGACUUCUUCGUUAAUGUCACGGCAUGGGGGAACGACUUGUACGUCAACGGGCUCUCCAACAGCUUCAGCACUGGAGACUGUGUCAUUGUUGAAAAUCCUUUAGUUUCCAGCAAAGACCCGGAGAAAGGGGACAAAUUCUGUCCCACAACACCUAGCUUCUACAGGCUGAUGGUGACAGAGGUUCACUCCCAGGUGUCUCUGUGUGCCGAUACGGGCACCAUCGAGCGGCUGCUACCUCUGAUCCACCUCCCAGUGAAAGACCCCGGGGAUUUCUACUCUCUGGGAGACAUCGUGGCCAACGGGCAGAGGCUGGAGGGCACGGUGAUAAAUAUACUGGCUGCAGUGAGAUCGGAAAGGGAGCUGGGCGACGACUAA